AUGCAUACAGGCUGCAGGAUGUUGUGUGCUUCUGUUUUCAUUCAUGACAUGCCCUCGGCAGUGCGGUCUUCGAUGUGUUGCGAUCACAUUUCUUUAAUAAUAAGCAAGCGAUCGAGCGAGAUAUCUCUUUCUAUUAUUCGGCUAGCCGAAGGCUGCCGAUCAUUACACGACCCCAACUUACGAAAAUGUAACAAUCACCUGCUGGUAUCGUUUAUCAAGGUCGAAGGUUUAUUCGUCUCAUACAUUGUCCACAUUUUUGACAUCAUUAAAUCAAGAACGUAG